AUGACUUCUCUACAGCUACUCACUCUUUAUCUGGCUGGUCUGGUGGUGGCUAAUUGGAAUGUAUCCGUGGCAGGAACUCCAUGUGCCUGUGCACAGCUUGGGUCGUCCUACCCGGACAAGCUCCUCUUUCCGUCAUCGGCAAACUACACAGUCGAGGCUACCAGCUACUGGGACAUCCGGGAUGACCUUCACCCAUCCUGUAUCUUCCUCCCAACUACCGCUAUUGAAGUUGCGAACGCCGUGAAGAUCCUCACCCACUGUGAUGCGCACUUUGCCGUCCGCGGGGGUGGACAUAUGAAUUUUCCCGGAGCCAACAAUAUCGACAACGGCGUCCUUAUCGCCCUGUCCGGAAUGGACCAAUUCACCGUCCACAAUGAGACCAUCGACGUCGGACCAGGCAUGACCUGGUACGACGUCUACUCUGCCCUCGACCCCUACGGACGCAUCGCUAUCGGCGGUCGUCUCAAGACCAUCGGCGUACCUGGCCUCACACUGAUCGGCGGCGUGCAUUACUUUAUCAAUAAGUAUGGAUUCGCCAUGGACAACGUCGUCCGGUACGAGGUGGUGCUGGGGAACGGGACGCAGGUGGUUGCCUCGUCGACCUCGCACCCGGAUUUAUUCUGGGCGUUGAAAGGCGGCGCGAAUAACUUUGGAAUCGUGACCAAGUUCACGCUGAAGACGUUUGCGAUUCCGAAGAUCAGUACCACAAUCCAGAGUUUCAACGAGUCCGCCAUCUAUGAUUAUAUCACCGCUGUAUGUGAUCUGGUCAGGCUCGAUGAGCCGAAUCCCAUCGCGGCAGGCGGCGUCUUCACGAUCAAUUACAAUGCCACGACGAAGGUGUCUUCUGCUUCGCUGAUUGGGGUGCAAGAAGGCGUUAGCAGGCCUCCGUCUCAGUUCGCCAAUUUCACUGCUAUCCCUGGGACUGGUACUUCAAAAAUACACAAUGUGACGACUGGGAAACAGUUUGCUGCGGGGCUCAUCACCCCAAAUCAGAUGUUCCGUGUCAUGUUCUCUCACCACACCGUACAGCCCGACGCCGAGACCCUCUACUCCAUCUAUCAAGCGUGGAAGAGAGCGGUCGAUGAGAUAUCCGACGUGCAAGGCCUCUACCCGACCUUUAUCAUGAACCUCUCUCCAGCAGGGGCAGCGCGCGUAGCCAAGACUAAUGGAAUCGGGAAUGUGUGGGGCCUGGACGACCAGCCCAUGAUAUUGUGGCAAUUCAGCACGGGCUGGGAUCUUGCGUCUGACGACAUCCGCGUGCAAACCUGGUCGCGUCGACUCGCCGAGUCUCUGCACGCCAUUAACAGGAAGAAAGGCAUUAGCUCCGAGUUCAUCUAUAUGGGCGAUGCGGGCGAGUGGCAGGAUCCGUUUGCUGCGUUUCCUGAAGCCAAUGUGCAGCGGAUGAAGGCAGUCCGGGCUGCCUAUGAUCCUUUGAGGACCUUCUCAAGGCUGAACUGGGCGACCACUGCAACUGCCAUUUCUCCCCCUGAGAAGCAAGGCAUAGAAACAGAGCUCAACUACUGGGAGGGCAGCGACGACCCGAUCAUCAUCGAUUUCAACACACCCGACGGAAAACAGAAAUUCGCAGAGGUAGAAAAGCAAGAAGCGAGGCAUCCAGUCCUCAUCCACGACAUCCGCGGAACCGAGGACCAGUACACGCUAGAAAAGCACGGAUUCCAAUACUUUCACGACGAGGUUCCGGAGCUCGACGACUGGACCGACGAGCAAAAGGUCAUCGACACCCUUAUCCCCAAGUCAGAGGAGCUCGUCCGCAAAAUAACCGGCGCCAAAGAAACAAUGACUUUCACCCACCGCAUCCGCUGCUUCUCCUCCGACGAAGCAAAACUAGCCGAUAAUCGCGCCCCAGCGCACAGCGUCCACACGGACUUUACCGUUGCGGGUGCGCUUCGGCAUCUUGAGAAUGAGAUCUCCGACCCGGAGCGCGUCAAGCAGCUGUUCAGCGGUCGAGUCAUGAUCGUCAAUGUCUGGCGGCCGUUGAAGACCGUUCAUCGGGAUCCGCUCGCUGUCUGUGACUGGCAGUCUACCAGCCCACAGCAUGAUAUCGUGCCCUAUCGACUGGUCCUUCCGCAGGGCUGGAACGAGCUGAGCAAGGUGCGAUACAGCCAGGAUCAUCGCUGGUACUAUCUCAGCAAGCAGCAGCGCGAUGAGCCGCUGGUGUUUACGCAGUUUGAUAGCUCCCGGUUGGAGGAGGGCGGAUGUACGCUGGCGCAUAGCGCUUUCGAGCUCCCUUCCACCAUAGAGUAUGAGCCUCGGCAGAGCAUUGAGAUUAAGAUGUUUGCAUUUUUGUAG